AUGGUUUCAACUCGGGUGGCGUCCACCGUUUUCGCUGCUGUGGCGUUGGCCAUAACAGCCCAUGCUCGUCCUUCCUCUACUAAGUUGACCCAUGAGACGCGGGAUACGGUCCACGGCCAAUGGACUAAGGUCGGCCAUGCAGCCCCGGAUACACCCCUGACGCUACGCAUUGGCUUAAAGCAGCGUAAUCUGGAGCGCGCUGAAGAGUUCAUGCACGCCAUCUCGAACCCUCGAUCCGAGACCUACGGCCAGCACUGGUCGCCUGAGCAGGUUGCUGAGGUGUUUGCCCCUAGCAACGAUGCCAUCACAGAAACCGAGCAGUGGCUUGUCAGUGAGGGCAUUGCCAGUGACGACAUCUCGAAGACGACCGGCCGCAACUGGAUCAAGAUCACCACCACGGUGGGCAAAGCUGAAUCGCUGCUGGAUACCUCUUACGGCGUCUACGAGAACGCUGGUGGAGCUCGGCUCAUUGCCUGCGAGUCCUACAGCGUCCCGGCUGUCAUUCAAGGGCACAUUGACCUGGUUGCACCCACGAUUCAAUUUGAUGAGAGGGAAGCCAUUGUUACCACCCGUGGACUCAAGAAGCGGGAGGAAGCCAUCGCUCGCAAGUUCAAGAAGCUUCCCCAUGGUCAUGUGAAAGCCGACUCGUUGAAGAACUGCAGUGAGGUUACGACCCCGGCAUGCCUGCGAGCUUUGUAUGACAUUCCCGACAAUGUUCAACCCGCGGAGGGCAACAGCUUUGGCAUCGUCGAGUUCGCCCCCCAAAGCUACAACCAGGACGACUUGGACACAUUCUUCUCCGCUUACGGCAACGGCAUCAUUGCCAACGGGACCUCGCCCAUCUUCAACGGCAUCAACGGUGGCUAUCUCUCCACCGAGUCCGGGUCCGGAAUCCGUGGCGAAUCUAACCUCGACCUGUGCUACGCCAUGUCGCUCACCUAUCCCCAGAACGUCACACUGUACCAAGUCGGCGACAGCGUCGCGUGGAACCCGGCCACCAACAACAACUUCCUCGACGCCAUCGACGGGUCCUACUGCACAAGCGGCGGUGGAGAUGACCCGGUCUGGGACGGCGUCUACCCGCACGACGCCGCCACCCCGGGGGCUUACACGGGCGAGCCCAUGUGCGGCGUGUAUAACGCGACCAAGGUCAUCUCGGUGUCGUACGGCAGCAACGAGAAUGCCCGGCCGGCCAACUACCGCGCCCGUGAGUGCGCCGAGUACAUGAAGUUGGGCCUGAUGGGCGUGACCGUCUUGUUCUCUUCUGGCGACACCGGGGUUGCGGGCUUGAGGGGCCAAUGCGUCAAGCCCGACGGGUCGUACACGCCUGUGGCGGCGGACUAUGGGGAGUUUAACCCGAUGUUCCCCGGCACUUGUCCCUGGAUCACCUCCGUCGGCGGCGCCGCUCUUCCCGCGGGCAAACCUGUCGGCACGCCCGAAGUGGCCUCGUACAACUUCGGCUCCGGCGGCGGCUUCAGCAACCUCUUCUCCCUCCCCUCCUACCAGGCCGACGCCAUCAGGGGGUAUUACGCGCAGCACGACCCCGGCUACAACUCGUCGCGCUACAACAACACGCAGCAGGUGCGCGGUUACCCGGAUGUCGCGCUAGCGUCGCAGGACUACAUCACGGGCAUCGACGGCGGUUUCUUGGCUUUUUCGGGCACAUCGGCGUCGGCGCCGACGUUGGGGGCAAUGAUCACACUGAUUAAUGGUGAGCGGCUGAAGGUUGGGAAGGGACCUGUGGGGUUCAUCAACCCUGUGUUGUAUGCCCACCCGGAGGUGUUCCAGGACAUUGUGGAGGGAAACAACUCGGGCUGUGGUACCAAGGGGUUCAGCGCGGUUGAGGGGUGGGAUCCGGUGACGGGGUUGGGGGCACCCAACUAUGAGAAGUUGAAGGCCGUGUUCAUGGCACUGCCUUAA